AUGUCCGAAUUCUUAGGAGCAAGAAUAUCGCUGGUAUCAAGGAGUGAUAUUAGAUACGUCGGUACCCUCCACGAGAUUGACUCGGAGAAGUCCACCGUCGCGCUUGAGAAUGUCACCUCCUUCGGCACAGAAGGCCGAAAGGGCAAUCCUGAUGAAGAGAUUCCGGCCUCUGAUAGCGUCUACGAGUACAUUGUCUUCCGCGGUAGCGACGUCAAGGACUUGAGGAUCGAGCAGCCCCCAGCCCCCACAGAGACCAAACCCCCGCAAGUCCCCAAUGACCCUGCCAUACUUGGUAGCGGAUCUCGUCCUACCCCACAAGCCCAAGGUCCUGCCCGUCAGACCCAACAAGGCCCGCCUCAGGGUCCUCCUCAAGGCGCUCCUCAAGGCCCUCCCCAGCAGCAAGGUCCACCACCUCCAGGUGUUCCCCCCUUCCCUCAACACCAAUAUCCACCACCAUUCUAUCCUCCUCCACCUGCUGGCUGGGGGCGUGCUGGCCCUCCUGGUCCUGGUGGCUUCCCUGGUAUGCCCCCUUAUGGUGCGCCGCCCGGCUGGUAUCCUCCCCCUGGACAGGGAUUUCCUCAGCCUCCCGCUUUCCCUUAUGGCUACCCACAAGGACCACCUGGACAGCAAUUCCAGCAAGGCCAGCCCCCUAAGCCAGCUCCAAUUGGUCCAGGCGCCAACAAACAUCCCGCCCAAGGCCAUGCGGCUCAAGCUGGUGAUAAGCAAGUUGAGCCAAAGGCCUCGGUUAAACCAGCUGAAAUGGCUGGCACCGCGGUCCAAAAACCUUCCACCCCUCUCGUUGCUGCGAAACCACUCCAAGGUGAGGUCCAGGCUGCUGUUUCGCAAGCAGCGACUGCGCAAAACGUGGCUACUGCGGCUGCCACAAAGUCAGCCCCAAGCGGACCCAAGAACAAUAAUCGCAUCCAACCAGCCGUACCUCUCCAAAGCCCAGCUGCAGUCAAGCAGCCACUUGCGAAUACUGGUAGUGCCUCUGCCGCAGCCGCCAACACGAGCUUGAAAGAUGCAACUGAGGCUGCUACGGCAGCUGUUGCAGCAGCAAUGGCAAAGCUUCCUCCGGCCGGACAGACGAAUGGAAGCGCUGUUGAUAACUUGACGAGAAAGGUUAAUGAAAUGAGAGUUGACCAUGCUGUCCGCGCACCACGCAACCCCACCGGUGCUGGAGGCUUUAAUACGGGCAGAGCACCUCGCGGUGCACGAGGCGGGGCACGGAACGCUGGGCAGAAAGUUGAAGUCCCGACUACGGAUUUCGACUUUGAAUCUUCCAAUGCCAAAUUCAACAAGCAGGAUCUUGUGAAGGAAGCCAUUGCCGGCUCGGAAUUGACGGAGACUGAGGCCGUUGCUUCCCCUGAGGCAGAGGUCCCAACUGGCGGUUAUAAUAAAUCUUCGUCAUUCUUCGAUAAUAUCUCAUCUGAGAGCAAGGACCGUGCUGAGGCGGGUAAUGCUAGACCAGGUGGGCGGGAAUGGCGCGGUGAAGAGCAGAAGAAGAAUGUUGAAACAUUUGGCCAGGGAAGUGUCGAUAAUGGUUAUCGGGGCGGUUUCCGGGGACGAGGCCGCGGACGUGGUUACCGAGGCCGUGGCUAUAAUGCAGGACAGCCCGGUCGUGGACGUGGAGGAUACCGAGGUGGUCGCGGGGACGCACAAACCACCGUGCAAUAA